AUCCGGUCUCUUUCACUAGUGAUUUCAAAAAGGAUUUUAAACAUAGUGAACGGAAAUAAGUAAGAAAGGUUUCUCCAAGUCCACCCUAUAGUUCAACUACGGAAGAAUUUCCAAUAGUAAUCUCUAAAUUUUCAAUUUCCACAUCUUUUGGCACUGGAUACUUUUCUUCAUCUAUACAUCUUCAAACUCGCAAUCUGGCUCAUACCGGAGUAUCAGAGAUAGCUUUAUGUUUAAGCUGUCCCUGGCAAAGUAGGAAAUCAAUGUGUAUUUCCAUUUUUUGCAUAGAGAGGAGUUCUUUGUUACCCAAUUCUUGAUGUGUAACUGUAGACUUUCUAAAGUCUGAAUAUCGUUAUAGCUCCUCAUUGAACUUCUGAAUUUUCUGAUAAUUAACUCCAUUAUUAUAAGUAUCAUUAUAGCUCCAUAUUAUAGCCCCAUUUUCACCUAUAAAACAAGAUAUUAACUCCAUAAUUUCCAAAUUUGGUCAGCUUUAUUCUCAAAUGGUACUGGUCAAAGUAUUCUAGAUUUUUUAGCUUGUCAAUGUGUUAGGAGAAAACAUACGACUGGUCAUGAAUUGAUAUAAUUAAGGUGAAACAUAUUAUUUUAAGAUACUCUUCCUCUUCAAAGUAAUGUCGAACACAAUCAUUUUUGCCAUGUAAAAGUCAUCCAUUCAUUUUUUAUUGAUGAGCUAAUUUAUGCAGUUCUAUUCAGCGUCAUUUCUUCGUGAUAUGUAUGAAGUGGUGGCACAUGUCAGCAACCGCUAUCCAGCGGCAAAUUUAUAUGCAAUAGGCUGGUCUCUUGGAGCAAAUAUUCUUGUUCGCUACUCGGGACAUGUAACUCAAUCAAUUCACUUUGAAUCUCAUUCUUGCCUUCUCUCAGGUGCUGUUUUCUUGAGCAAUCCUUUCAAUUUGAUCAUUGCAGAUGAAGAUUUCCAUAAGGGCUUUAACAAUGUUUAUGAUAAAGCAUUAGCAAAUUCUCUCUGCAAAAUUUUCAUAAAGCAUGCUCUACUGUUUGAAGUUAUGCAAGGUGAAUAUAAUAUAUCAUUAGCUGUCAAUACCAAAACUGUUAGAGAAUUUGAUGAUGAACUGAGAUUCCAUUACAAAUGUAUGUACUCCUCUUCUUUGUAUCCAAGUAAGUCAUUUCAGCCAUUUACUCUCCAUUGUUCUUUUUUGUUUGUUGUUAUUUAUCGUACUUCAGACGCCAUUUAUAGGUCUACAGUUCAUGGUCAGGAGAGUUAAAGUGCAAUUCUUCUUGGACAAAAUCUGAACAUCAUAUCAUUUAAGUUAAAAUUCCAUGCAAUAAAGUUGAAACUUGAGAGAGUAUAUGUUUAACUUUGUAUUUCCUUUAGAUAAUACACGUUUGUUGUUAUCUGUUGUAGGAUUUUUUUUUCCACAUCACAGUUUUACCUUUAUGCAAUUUGGUUAACUUACUAUCAAAUAGGUGUUUCACUCUUUUCGUUUGAAUACAAGAGUUACUUCACUUAAUAAAAUGCGGAGGAUUUUUAUGAAAUGUAAUUGUGACCAGAUUCUAGGAAAAGCAUUGCACCAACUACUAGUGCUCUGUAUAAGAUAUAUAGUGUAGAGAAUCACAUUUUUCCAUAUUUGACUCUCGGAUCUUUAUAGGAGACAGACAAUUUAUCUAGAAUAUUGCAAUGACGUAGUCAAAAGUCUCACUGUGAUCUAAAGAGAAAUAUUCCAUCUCUUUGUGUCUCUCCUCAAAAAAAAAGAAAGCAGGAUAAGCAAAAGUGAGAAGGGAGAAAAAAGAGAGGGCUAAAAGAAUAUAGACCGAAGUAGUUCUGCAAUCAACUUAUCAGAAAGGUACUGUGCUUGUUAAGAUUCUGCAAGUGGUAACUAAGACAAAGUGCAAAGUUAACUUACUCUUCUUUAUUUGUGGAGGCUGCAAAUGACCAAUUGCUCCAGUCAAGGAAUCCCUCAUUAAAGAUAUUGAGGAGAACUUAAACUGUAUGUUGAUUGUAACCCCUAAAGGAGGGUUGGGUGGCAGGUCCGGAAGCACCCGAGGACUGAUCCACAUGUGUGGGAUAGAACAUGAUAAAUCUUUUUUGGUACAUUUAUCAUUGAUGUUAACAUUGGAGAUUAAUGAUGCAAUCUAUUCAAAUAUUGUAUUUAUUCAAAUAAUAUGAUACCUUAUGAAAUAAUAUGCAACAACCAUCCAAACAAUGUGUAAAAUUUUACUAAAUACGAUAUUCUACAUAUGGAGAUCUGUAUUGGCUCAUUGUUAUA